AACUUAUGACUUUGAUUCCAUAAAGAUCACCAACUCUACUUGAUCAACUAUACAAAUAUUUAUAUCUUUCGAGUGAAAGCAAAUACUUUGAAAUUCUGGUUCAGAAUGCUCGUCUAACUAUUUCUUUUAAGUUUUGUGUUCUUUUUCAUGCUCAUAAAUGAUAAUCAUUGUGUUCAAGCUCAACGUGAAAUUUUGAGAUUUUGUCGGACUACAGGCUGUGACAACCGAACUCCUCGACAAGUACUUGACCAAUGUAGUAGGGAAUACGGUAGUAAUAGAAUCCGAUCUGCAUCUUCUUGUGGUGGAGGACUUUUUCGCUAUGAAUGCUGUACAAGAUGUCUGGAUGUACCCUGUACAAAUCGAGCUAUCGGCGAAAUAGCACGAGUCUGUCGUAAUGAAUGGUCUAAAGAACGAUUCCGACGGUUAAGAUUCAGAAUCUUUACGCGAAAUUGUGUUGGAGGAGGUACUAGAUAUAAUUGCUGUCUAGUCGACUGAGACUUUCCAAAAAAUGGCUACAGCAUUCGAAAGAAUUGGUUGGUUUGCUUUAACCCAUGAACUUGGAUGGAUUAAAAGAUAAACGAUUUAUGGUCAAAAGGACGAAACAAAUAAUUAUAUGUUUGAUGUAAUAAACAAAAUAAGAUGCAACUUAAAACACUUCUUGCGAUUAUUUCAUCAAUAAAAA